AUGCAGCUUUCCACACUCUUCCUUGCUGUUCUCACUGCAGCCAGCACUGCAAUGGCACACAUGGAAAUGAUUCAUCCAUUUCCCCUGAAGAGCCCGUAUGAUCCCAAGAACAAGGUGUCGAACAUUGACAUCAAUAAUACCCACCACUUGAAGAUAGAUGGAAGCAACUUCCCCUGCAGAGGCCACCACAAGAACGCCCCCUGGCGCACUGUGACUACCUACACCGCCGGCCAGAAGGACUACAUGGAGCUCGCUCCCGGCAUCAACCACAACGACGGCUCAUGCCAGAUCUCGCUCAGCUACGACAACGGCGAAACUUUCCGCGUCAUCCAGUCCUAUAUGGGUGGCUGUCCACUGAAGUUGAAAUGGGACUUUCAGAUCCCGGAAAUCGCACCCGCCGGAGAUGCCUUGUUCGGGUGGAGCUGGUUCAAUCUGGAGGGAAGAAUCAACAUGGGAUAUCGAUAUGGUUGGGGCGAAACCCUCGUGGCCGGCCCUUUCAGGGAUUCCCGAGGCGACGCGCAGCAAUACCUAUCAUUUAACGAAUCAAAUGGGAAACAGCUCCCUAAACCGGUAGUCAGCUUCAUACAGCAGGUAGCUGACGCCUGCGACUUCCUGCAACACCAAAUUGUGGAUAUUCUGACUGCCAACUGCCGUAUCGGCUCCGAGCUGGCCAACAUCCGGCAGACCCUUCAGAACGUCCAGGAACAGACCUACUACACUCAAUCGAGUGUACAGAAACAGAACAACCAGUCCUGGGCCUCUGUGGUCCGCAACGCGCCUCCCCCGGCCCAUACGAUCUCGUCUCACGGCUCCUUCAGUACCGCCCCGGCCACCCCGUCGGAGCUCAGCAAGGACCGCGAGGUCAUCGUUAAACUACGGGAUGCUGGGGCUCUCUCCCUAGCCAAAACGCGUUUUGUAGCUGCUAGACAGCUUAGGUCCGGCGACCUGAGCCUCUCACUCCGCUACGCCGCUGAGGCCGAAGCUGCCAGGACCCACGAUCAAUGGGUCAACUACCUGAGCGCGGGAGCCAUGUUACGGCGUCCCUCUUGGGGUAUCGUUAUACAUGGAAUCGCAUUUAAGUCAAUUGGAGACCUCACCACCGAUAAGGAACAACAACGGGUAGCUAACGAGUUACUCGAGGAGAACAGGGACUGCUGGAACCAGAAAUCGUCUGCCCUGAUCGUGGAAUUCUUAGAUCCCCGUCACGCCAACGAGGCAAUCGCACGAGGCACCAUUUGGGAUAGCGUUAUCCAUAAGACAGUAUUAUAUGAUCGGACUGCUCGUAUCCGACGGAGCGCCGCUGUGCAGGGUGUGGAGAAGCACACGCUGCCUGGCACAAAGGGUGUUCGAGGUACGCAGCAGAGAUGGACCGGGUUCAAGCUACAGCAGUGCACCGGCAAGCCUGGUACCGGGUCCCUCCCUAUCUGCAGGACUUUCAGUUCUCCGUACGUAGCGGUACGGAGGCCUCCAGCUCGUCUAACAGCGAGGGACGCAGCCAGCCGCACAUAA